CUCAGGUGCAGACAACACGGGAGACCAGUUGUUUGAUGUUUGGACUAGAACGCACGUGCUGGAUAUGUCGAGCUGGAGAUGUUGGCUUCUCCUAUUGUUGGCCGGUUGUUGUUCGGGUCGCACUCCCCAGGACGAACACAAUCGACUAUUAAGGUUCCUCCGACCCGAUUCGGAACAGGUGACCAUCGACAUUCCCGUUAUCAGAAGCUUCGGGGUGAUACUGGACGACGUCCUGGAUCGAGUCCGAUGCGUUCAACAGGGAUUAACUAAUUACGAGUGUACGGAGUGCUUAUCCGUCCGUAGAAUGUUGAAGCUGUCUUCCUCGGAUGAAUCGUCCUCGUCCACCCACAUCGAUGACGUCACGCGCCUUAGUGUCAUUCUGGUCUAUCACGUGUCCACUCUGAAGAGCACCUGCAGGAAGCCGGAGACUCUGUCCUGCGGUACUUACGACGGCUGCAGAGAAGAAUUGUUCGAACGUUUCGCCGUCGACGACGGGCAAUUUUCCGAAAGUUUAAUUUUGGAAUCUUUAGAAGAAAUUCUGAGGAACGUCAAAGCGGUUUACGACCCGCUAAACAGGAGAAAGUGUUUUAGUGCCGAAGACCUUCUGGUGGAGUUCAAUAAUACCAGAUUUACUUCCGAAAAUGAAAGUUUUGAAAAUAUUAUGAGGCUGGCGCUCGGUCACAUUCUGAGAGGUGAUUGCAUUGAUGUUGGUGAAGCUGUGACAGAUUUCAUUGAGUAUUUAUUUAGUGAAUAUGGCGAUAAAUGCGGUAAAGUUAUUACGAGUGAAGGCAUAGAAAAAAUGUUGAAUGAUUUACGUAAUCCUCCAAGUUCAAAUAAUCACGAUGAUCAUAUUCAUAGCCAUGGUGGACAUCAAAAUCAUAAUCACAGACAUCAUACUCAUGAACACGACCAUGACCACGACCACGACCAUGACCAUAAUAAUGAUCAUGAUGAUUGUCAUGAGGAUCACAAUGAGGAAAGUCAUUCACCAGUUUUUCCUUCAGAAAGACCACAUGCAAUUUAUCAUUAUCCCUAUGAAAUGUCAUCAUAUACAGAUUCAAUGACAACUGAAAGUUUUAAUAAAAAUACCUUUACUGGAAUAUCUGAGAGUGGUUCAAAUAAUAAAAGGCGAAAGAAAAGAUUUGUAGCGAUAAAAAGAAGUCAUGCGGCAGAUCAUCACGAGCAUAAAAGUUUAGCAGAAAAAUGUUUUGAUUCAGACAUGCUCAUUUUAAGAUUUGGACAUUUGCCUUAUACCAAUGUUACGAGAAAUGAAUUCCUUCAAAUGUGUCCCGCACUCAUUCAACAAAUUGUAAGUGGUGUUUGUAAUAAGAAUUCGACAAAGAUUGUUUCCCGUCCAUCAAUGACUGAAUUAUAUGGAUACAGUUCAUUGGCUGUGUUUGUCAUCAGUUUGUGUGCCCUUGGUGGAAUUUUUAUCCUUCCAAUUAUGGCCAAAAGUGUGUAUCAUUACAUUAUGAUGGGUUUCAUUGGCUUAUCUUUUGGAACUAUGGCUAGUGAUUCUCUGUUGCAUCUCAUUCCACAGGCUUUGGGCUUACAUUCUCACGAUACACAAACAUCAGAAGAAACGGAUGUCGGUGUUAGUUUGGAAAAUAUUCCAUUUUAUUUAUGGAAACAAUUAGGUGUUCUUGGAGCUAUUUAUUGCCUUUUUGUCUUUGAAACAAUUAUGGAAAUCUUCUCAAGCAAGGAUGAUCAUGAGAAAUCACAUAAUCAUGGGCACAGUCAUGUUCCUGAUAAAAUACCAGAAGAAAUAAGGUUAAAAUCAGUUAGUGUGAAAACAGAAUCUACCACAAACUUGGCAAAUGCACAAGCUCAGAAUGUGUCACUCUCUAUGGAUGGUUUAUCUUCAAAAGAUAUGACCACUCAGGAACCUGUGUUCAAGUCCAAAGCUCUUUGUUGUGGAUUAACAUCUUUAGCAUUGGUUGUGACUCUUGGUGAUGCAGUACAUAAUUUUGGAGAUGGACUUGCAAUUGGAGCAGCUUUUUCUACUGGAUUGCAAGGAGGUCUUUCCACAUCAUUAGCUAUUCUCUGCCAUGAACUUCCUCAUGAAUUUGGUGAUUUUGUAGUUUUAAUAUCUACAGGACUUAGUUUUUGGAAAGCUCUUUUAAUAAAUUUUAUAUCGGCAUUAUCGUGUUUUGUUGGACUUUACAUCGGUAUUCAAUUAGGAGAAAACGAAGUAGCAAGAAACUGGAUAUUAACUGCAACGGCUGGAAUAUUUUUAUAUGUAGCUUUAGCUGAUAUGCUUCCUGAACUAAAACAGUCAAAGCAUGGAAGUCCUGUCAAAAUGUUUAUUGUGAAAAAUGUUGGUGUAUUAGUUGGAAUAUUUCUUAUGUUGUUAAUAGCAAUAUAUGAAGAUCACUUCCACAUAUGAAAGAAAGGAAUCUGUGAAUAAACUGAGUAUUGAAAGAGGAUACCGAUUUUAUAGCCUAAAGCUUAGUUCCUGCAGGCAGGUUU